GUUGCAGUUGUCUCUUUCGCACCCACAAACGUGAACGUGUCAACUCGACGCUUUUGUUUUCCCCCGAGUUUUCCUUAAUUUUGGCCAUAUUCCUGACGAGAUGGUGGACGACAGCACCCGGAAAACGCUGAGCAGCAUUCCCCUGCUGCAGAUUCGCGCCGGGCCCCGCGAAAAGGAUGUGUGGGUGCAGCGGCUGAAGGAGGAGUACCAGGCGCUGAUCAAGUAUGUGGAGAACAACAAGCAGUCCGGCAGCGACUGGUUCCGACUGGAGUCCAACAAGGAGGGCACCAAGUGGUUCGGCAAGUGCUGGUACAUGCACAACCUGUUGAAGUACGAGUUCGACGUGGAGUUCGACAUCCCAGUGACGUACCCGACCACCGCUCCGGAGAUUGCCCUGCCGGAGCUCGACGGGAAGACGGCGAAGAUGUACCGCGGCGGCAAGAUCUGCCUGACGGAUCACUUCAAGCCCCUGUGGGCACGCAACGUUCCCAAGUUCGGCAUCGCCCAUGCCAUGGCGUUGGGCCUUGCUCCAUGGCUGGCCGUCGAGAUUCCCGACCUCAUCGAGAAGGGCAUCAUCACGUACAAGGAGAAGUAAACUAAGCUAAACUAGAUGAAAUUACACUGGCAACAAAACAAUGAACAAAGUUUGAUAUGAAAGUCA